UUUGGUCAGCUGUUGCUGCAUUUGUUAGCUUUGUGGUGGCGCGCGAGGAGCUUGAGAGUCGUGCUGGUUGCUGCUUUUUGCCCGUUCCCUUCGCUCCUGCCGAGCCGCGGUAGCCCGAUAGAUUUAGAUACGGCUUUGAAGAUGACCCCAAAGCAUGAAAAACAGGAAUUUGUAACAGUAUUGGUGCGAGAUCCCAGGUUACAGAAGGAAGAUUUUUGGCAUUCCUAUAUAGAUUAUGAAAUCUUCAUUCAUACAAAUAGCAUGUGUUUUACAAGAAAAACAUCUUGUGUCCGACGCCGUUUUCGAGAAUUUGUGUGGCUCAGACAGAAACUUCAAAGCAAUGCUGUAUUAAUACAAUUACCAGACCUUCCAUCUAAAACUCCCUUUUUUAAUUCAAAUAAUUCUCAACAUGUGGACCAGCGUCGCCAAGGAUUGCAAGAAUUUCUCCAAAAGGUACUCCAGAAUCCAGUUUUGCUUUCAGACAGUAGACUUCAUCUAUUUGUACAAACACAACUGAGUCCUGAAGAUAUUGAGGCCUGUGUAUCUGGAAACACGAAAUAUUCUGUGGCUGAAGCAAUCCAUGACUUUGCUUGUUUGAAACGACGAUUUCCUGUAGAACAUGAAGAGAAGAAAAAAGAAAAUUAUGCCGAUUCAGAUUCUGAGAGUUCAUCCUGUGGGCUUGAACACAGUGGCGAUGAUAGCAAUUCACACAGACAUAAAGCAAGCAGAGCUCCCGAAGAACCCUGAAAUAUUAUUUGCACUAUGCGGUUCCUGGAAUGACAGGCAUAACUUGAAAGUUGCAUGUGACCUUUCCAACUACUUUCCAAAGCACGUGCUUUCUGUUUUCAAACCAGUUUUGAAAAAUAUACAGUAUAUGCAGUAGAGGUCAUGUGGGCUGGGAAUUAUAGAGAUAUUAGCCCAAGUUAUUUUGCAGGCCAAGCAGGGGAAACCUGAUUUAUUUUGUUGAACAGUUAUGAAUUACAUCUGUAGAGACACCUUCAGUAUCUUAGAUUUCCUGGUGUAAUCCUUUGGGGGUCAUUAUAAGGGAGAACAGAAAAAACCUCUGAAUGAAUGAUUUUGAAAUAUGUUGGAAUAUCUGACCUCAAAAUAUACAAAUUCUAUUUUCAUUUGGCAUUUUAAAUAGCCACAUAAUUCUAUCAUACAUAUUCUACAAACCUAACAAUUCUAAAUCAUAGGUAAAAUAUUUUUUUUUAAAAAAAUACUCAGUUUUUCAUGAGACUUAUUGCCAGGUAAGUAUGCAAUACAGGAAUAAAUGACUAAAUUAGUUGUAAAUAAACAUUCUAAAAUAUUUGCUUCAUCUCAACAAACUUGAACCGUGUUAUAAUCAAAAUUACAGAGUAUCAAGUGCUUCAGUCAUUCUGUUUAGAUAAAGUUGAAGUCAGUAGGCUUAAGCUUGCCUAACAAUUGUCACAGGCCAUGUUUCAGACCCAUAAUCUCAUUGAAAUUGAAGUACAUCACAUUUGAGGGUACUA